CUUGACCUUAGACGGAAGUGAAAGAGAUAAAAAUGGCUGCGUCCUGAAAUUAACAGAAUGAGCUCAGCUGCUCAAGUUUUGAAGCAAGCUGAGGCCCUGAAGGCAAGCAUAGGAGAUUCCUCCAGUAAUAGCCAUGAGACAUGGGUUGCUAGGCAACACCUCCAGGAUUUAUAUCAAAAGUUGCUGGUAAUUGACCUUGAGUACUCCCUGGACAAGAAAGUUGAGCAGGACUUGUGGAAUUAUGCUUUCAAGAACCAAAUCAAUGGUCUCCAGGUCCAGACCAAAGAUAAACAGAACCCCAACAGGGCAGAGAUCCAGGCCAGUCUGAACCUAUUCCUGGAGACUGCCAGUGGAUUCUAUUUACAGCUCAUGCAGGAACUAAGCAGUGCUUUUAAAUUAGAUUUGCCAUUUCGAAGAAAAACUAGUCACUUUGGUGCAUUAAAAGAAUGUUAUCCCUAUUAUGGCAAAAUCAAGUCUCCUAAGAAAGCUUCCUGUCUGUACAUCUGUCAGCACAUACUGGUGCAUCUUGGAGAUAUAGCUCGUUACCUACAGCAGAUAGAGCAGGCACAGACGUACUACAGACAUGCUGCAUUCCUGGUUCCUUCCAAUGGUCAACCUUACAACCAGUUGGCCAUACUUGAAGCAGCCAAAGGAAACAAACUGUGCACUGUCUUCUACUACAUCCGCAGUAUAGCAGUCAAGCACCCAUUCCCUGUGGCCACCACUAACCUGGAGAAGUUCUACAGUAAACUCAUCAAGGACUCUGUUGAAUACAGGGGCAAACUUUCCAUGUGUGAAUUUGUGAGCACAUUUCUCCAGUUUCAUGCUUUUGUCCAUUUGUGUACAGACCUGACCAAAGCUAAACGGCAUGGCGACAAAUUGGCUACCAGUCUCUCCUCGCAUAUCAGCUCGGUCAGCUUUUCCUCGUACCAGCUGGUCCAGAUGGUAGCGGUCAACCUGUUUGCUAUGGACCAUGCGUCCAGGAGGCUGGACAGUGGUGGUGACCAGAGCAAAGAGGUGCUCAGUGAGGAUGAAAGGACCUGCUGGGACUUGGUGUUUAAUUUGACAGCCACCAUGCUGAGUCACCUUCUCCACUUCACACCUAAACAAGAACAGAAGGCCAAGGACCACCACACUUUGCCAGCCAUCAAGAUACUGCUUGACUGGGUCAGACUGGACAGGGACAUGCUGGCCAAACCAGUGUUCAAGGGGUCAAAUGUAUGGAGUAACCUGAGCAAGCUUCUGAACAACCUACAGUUUCAUGUUGGACUUAAGGACACCGCAGGGCUGGAGAAAUAUGUACAACUCCCUUUGCCUGAAGACUAUGAUCUGCAGUGUUUUCUGCCAACCUCCAAGGGUCAGGAGAGACUGGAUUUCAGCAAGUACCCAAGCGAUUUAUUUCCUGGUGAGGUAGAGGCGCGGCUGAGGUGCCAGCGUUUGAUGGAGCACGGCAAGGCACUUUGUGAGGAGUUUCCUAGUCUGAACCUCAUCAACUUCCAGGUCCUGAAGUCUGGCAAGCUGCAGUUCAGUGCACCUAGCUAUCAUGUGAAACUACUGCCUGCUGAUUCUGAGAGUCAGCAGCAUGAAAGAAAAGCUUCCAGACAGAAUGUGGCUAUACAGGCUAUUAUGCAGAAUAAAGCCGCUAAAACUCUUCCUGGCCAAGGCUCACAAAACCAGGGACCCCCACAAAUAGAACAGAGAAAACCCCUACAGCUGUCUCCCUCCCAGUCCAGGUCUCAGGCCGACCUCUCCCCUAAUCACAGCCAGGGACACUUGUUUGAUGAAUUGCCAGUAGAUGGCAGCAGUGGUAGCAACCAGUCCACCUCUCCCUUGCCAUCUGGCCUCCAUGGUAACCUGCCACCUCGGUUGUUACAGCAACAACAACAGCAACAACAACAACAGCAGCAGCAACCAUCUCAAGGAGGCAUGUACCCCUCUCCUCACCCUGGGGGGUAUCACCAGGGUAUGCCCCCACAACACCACCCUGGUAUGAUGCCCGGAAUGGUGCCGAACAUGCCCAGAGCACCUCUCAUUAGACAACCCAAACAACAAGUGGACCCAGGUAUACGGCCUGGCCUGAGGCUGGAGUCCCGAGGUGGACCCCAACCCCAGCAGAUGCUGCCCUCUGGUGUCCAGUUCUCACAACCUUCUGGUGCCCCUGUGGCAGAGAUGGUCCCCAAACCUACAGCUUUCCUGCAGCAACAGCAGCAGCAAGAUGGGGCACCAAGGGGGAACUUUUCUUCUGGGGUGAGGAUGCCUCAACACCAGCCAUCCCCUCGGAUUCCCCUACAGAACCCCAUUGGUGUUAGUGCCAGGAUGCCCAGGGCCCAGCAGGGGGCUGGGAUACCGUCAAGGAUGCCAAGUCCACAACAAGGGCCUCCUGCUCCCCAGAGAAUGCCAAAUGCACAAGGUGGUGAGGCAAGACUCCCAUUCUCUCAGCAAGCCUGGAGCAGCCCCUUCCUGCAGCAACAGCACACACCAGAGCAACAACAGUACUUACAGCAGUUACAACAACAAAGACAGCAACAGCAACAACAGCAGCAGCAACAACAACAACAACAGCAGCAGAAGCAACAACAGCAGCAGAUACAAGGAGGGCUGUACCAAGGUGGAGGAGGGGGAGGCGGAAGUGGACAUUUCCCCCCACAGCAGCAGGUGCCCCAGCAGCAAGUUCCCCAAUCACUGCAACAGCUGAUACAGGACCUACAGAGCAUGGCUGUCAAAGGAAGAGGCUUGGCUCCACUUAACAUACCACCCCCAAUGGGCCAGAUGCCUGCCCACAGAGGACAUGCUCCGCCUAUGAGGAGAGAAAGCUCCUCCCCUUCAUUGCUCCAGACACCUGCCAAUUUUGAAGAGGAUGAGAUCAAUUUCCCUGAUUUGAAUAAUAUCAACAUACAGCCAGGGGCUGCUUUCUCUACAUCAGAUAUAGAAGUGAUCUUGGCAAAUAAUCCACAGCAGGCACGGCAGCAAAACCCAAUGUUUGGAGUUGCUCAAAGAAACCCAUCUGCCGGCUCUUACUCUCUGUUCAGCAACUCCCCCUGGGGUGGCACUGAGGGUGACAGGGAGGGAAUUAUACAAGGAAAAGGUGUGGGUAAUGACAACCCACAGGGAAGGUCCAAGGUUCCAAGCCACGGCAUGCUGGGCAUGGGGGACACUGGGCUACGGGGACUGGGGAGUGACCCCCCUGGUCUGGCAGGAGACAGAGGCAGUGAUGUGGGCAUGGCCCAGGGGCUUGGGCUCGGGUAUGGGUUCAACCCUGGGGACCAGGUGUGGGGCCAGCAACACCAACCACCCCAGCAGCAGAACCCCCCUGGUGCCCCCUCUGGGAACCCGUUGAUGUCCAACAGCAUUCAGUCAAUUUGGACAUCAGGGCCCUCUCCUUUGGAACGCUUGCUAGAACAACAGAAACAGCAACGCCAGUUUGAGCCGCACUGAAGUCCCCCACCCAUGUCUUUGUGGAAAUCAGCUUAAAGAUACCUUCCAAAAGCCCCUGUCUUGUGCAGAGCAACAACUACUGCUGUGGACAGGGAGACUGGAAGACUUCUACAACUGGGUCGACAAUAACUAGGUCAAUUAAAUAUAGGUCAACUGAAAUUGAGUCAACAAGAAGAACAUCAACAUGAAGUGUAGGAUGUGUGGAUUCAGUGUCUUUUUAUUUCCUUUGAGAUCAGAUGUAAAUUCCAUCAUAGGAUGAGAUACGUAUUGUGAACAAGUAUGCUUUAAUUGGGUUGAAACUGGAGAAAAGAAUAUAUUAUUAUUUAACUUUAUUUAUUUAUUUAUUUAUUUAUUGUAGGGGGAUUUCUGCUUUAAAAGUGGUCUUAGUCUAAAUAUUGGGAGUAAUUCUGAGGUAUUAUUAUUAUUUGAUUUUGAUUUACUAUGAUUUGAACAAAAAAGAGGAAUUAGUUUCAUUUUUUUCUCUCUUUUGCUCAAGCCAUAUCACUUUAUCCAAAAUUCUCAUGGAGAGCUUGUAGUUACAUAAAAAAUCAAAUAACUAAAGUAAUAUUUUCUUAAUAUUGUCAUUAUUUUGAGAGAUAUGAUUGUCUUCUCUAUACUUACCUAAAACAAAAGAAGUUUAAUUCCCAUCAGUGAACAGAUGAGGCAGUGUUAACUACAGGUCUUGUUGCUUAUAAAAAUGCAGUUUCAGCUGGAUAGCAGCCACGUGAAUUGUGAAGUCAGCAGAAGGACGCGAGAAACCCAUCAAGCGAGCAAAUAGCUAAAAUUAAUUAAAAGUAAAAUAGUAGACUCCAUAUAUUAAUUAAGUAUAAAGUAGGAUAUAUAUAUGUAUGCAUAUAAGUAUAUAUUCCUCACUAUAUAUAUAUAUAUAUAUAUAUAUAUAUAUAUAUAUAUAUAUAUAUAUUACAUGGUUUUGUCUGUACUAAUACGGUGUAUCUAAUACCCUUCCCUAGUAUUGAUAAACUCUUCCCCAUAAAAACCAAGAGACCUUUAAUCUCAGACUGUGAGGCUAUUACUUUAUCCUUAUUAGAUUAUUGCUAGAAAAUGGUCAUAACCAAUCUCAAUCUUUAGCAAAGAAUGUAGUUAGAUCUUUAGAGGACUGUGGGACCGCAUGACAAUAAAGAUACCCCCUCCCCCCCUUCCCAAAGCAAAAAGCUCACGUGGUUUAUUAGCACGUGUUGCUGUUCUCACGUACAUUGAAAUGUUUAGUAAUUUAAGCAUAUUCCUGUACUUGUUAUGAAGUGAUUUGGCAUCUUAAUUAGCUUGUAGCCAAACAUCCGCUACAUUGAUUGAUUAUAACAUUUACGUUGAGAACAAUGUAAGAGAACACCUGAUACCCCCAUGUGAAUUAAAGAAUUACCAGUAAACAAUAUAGACAGCUACUGCUAUUGCACGACAUCCUUUAGGUGACAUUCUACUUUCUGCUGAAACAUAUGACAUUCAACUUUCGCUGAGGUACGUUUCGAAUUGCUAAUGUCUGCUGGCAGUCAGUCAUACAAUUAUGCGGCUACGCUUUUAGAAUCUGCCCAAGUAAGAUCCUUGGUUUAUUCAUCAUCGUCCUACGAUAAGAUUUUAAAUAGCAGCCAUGUCCCAAAGAGACAAUCUUUAUUAUCAGGAAUAUAUAUAAGUGCAUCAUUUCACAGCGCAACAUAAGUGAAUUGCAUUUUUCUUUGCUCUGUGUAACUUCUGAAGAAUGUUUGUUUUCUACCUGGUCAGGUGGUACGUUAAAGGUGAUUGAAUAUCUUGUAAUGUCGGGAAUAUCUUUAGUGAUUAUUUUCACGGGUAAAUGUUUAGUCUCUGUCAGUGACUUGGGAUUGAAAUGGGUACUAAAACGUGGCAUUUUGGGCUUGCAUUGUGUCAGGGUGACCAGUUUGGACAUUAUGAUUCAGAAUUGCAUUUGCCUGAAAACUGCUGGGAAUGCUUUUGGUAACGCACGUCAUUUUGAUCGCGGAAGUAGAAUUAAGAGUUUGGGCGUAUGGUGUUUGGUCGCCUAGAAAAUGAAUAUAUUUUGGUAUGGCUUAAUGUUCACCUUUUUUGUGUAGAAUUGAUAUCCGUAUGCUUGAUAAGUGUAAUAGUGGCAGUCUAAUUAAAAGGACAGAGUCUAAGGAAAUUUGAUUUGAAAAUGGAAAACGGCGAUUUAUGGUUUCCAACAAUAAAACCAAGACUUGCUUUCA